AUGCUCUCACCCCUUCCCCUCCUCACUCCCCCUCCGGCCCUGCCCCAGCUUCUCCUCCUACCCAAGCCUCUUUCUCCCCAGUCAGGCCAUUCUGUGAGCCCUUUCCCAAGUCUCACUCCCACAGGAGCCCUCUUGAGGGCUCGUGCCACCUCUCGUGUAUUGCCAGGGGCUCCCGUGCAGGGUCUGGUUGGGUCUGACUCCCCGCUCCCCCCAUCAGGCCUGCACUCUAGGCGCAUAUUCCACACGGUGGUGUCGGAGCCCGGCCCGGGGCUGCCCUGGUACAGCAGUGUUGCAUAUGUGGAUGAUCAGGUCAUCUUCGACUACACCAGCGAAUCGCAGAGGGUGGAGCCCCGCCAAGUGUGGAUGGCGCAGAACCAGGGUCCGGAGUUCUGGGACUAUCAGAACUUUUGGGCACAGCGCUGGCAGGCCUGGUUCAAUGCGAGUCUGAACACCCUGCGUGAACUCUACAACCAGACCGGCCUGGGGGUAUCACCGGAGACCAUGACUUGGGUAGCAGCAGAUAUUGGAGCUCAGAUCACCAAGAGGAGAUGGGAUGCUGAAAUAAAUGACAACCAGGGAUGGAAACACUACCUGGAAGAGGAAUUUGUUUCCUGUCUAAGAAGUUGUCUAGAGUACGGGAAGGAGACUCUACAGAGGAAAG